AUGUGUGAAAACGAAGACUCAUUAGAUAUCGGUACUGUAAAUACUGAGGAUAGAUUAACAAAACAAGAUUCAUUACGGUCAGAAAGUCCGUCAUCAAUAACUGGAGCUAAGCCUAAAAAGAAGACUAAAUCACGACGACGUUUAAAUGCACUGAUGUCUAAUGUUUCGAUCCAUUUUUCUGAUACUGAUUCAGAAGGUGAAUUAACAAUUAUUAAUCCACAAUUACGUAGUCCGUCAAAGCAACGACGAUUACCGACCGUUAAUGGCAUUCAUGAUAAUAAUAAUCAAGUAGCGCCAACCAUAUCAGUGACACUGGAAAAUGCGGAUGCUGAAUCGCAAGAUUUACAGUGGGACGGUCUUGGUGGAUUUCCAAAUGUCGAUAGACGCAGUAGUUUUGCUGAUAAUCUGACGGACGUUGAUGAAAUUUAUAUGGGCAGUGAUCAGGAGUCUGGUGGAAAUAAUAAAAUUGAACGAAAAGGUUUGACAGUAAUGGAAAAUACUUGUCAAGGUGAAACAGAUCUUGAAGAUGUAUCUAAUGAUGAAGAUGCUAAUGACAAUGACGAUUCAAUUGAACCCCCAAUUUUAGUACCUCAUGCAUUAGAUAUUUUACGUGAAUUUGGUGGUGGUGGUACGAUCACUACCAAAGAGGGAGAUGGCCCCUUUUCUGCGGAGAUAAGAAAGCAAAUGUCGGUUGAUGAAGAAAACUAUGAAGAAGAAACUGGUAAACAUGAAAAUAUAGAUGAUUUGUUGUUGAUAAACGGUGAAACUGAUACUGAAGACGUGGAAGCGUCUGAUGAAGAAGAAGAAGUUGAUGGUGCUUGUGGACAAAAAGAAGUUAUUGAAGAUUUAGAUUUAUUGGCUGGUUCACAAGUUGUUGUAAAAAAUGUUAACAAAAUGGAAGAUUUGUUGAGUGUUAGAGAUGCUGGCGAUGAUGGCCUUGCUGACGGUCUUACUGAUGUUGAAGAUUUUGAAUAA